AUGACCUCGAAUACACCGUCAAGUACGACGCGCAACCACAAGCCCGGAGAUAGAAGAGUGUGCGACGAUAUCGACCAAGAGCCUUUUGCCGGCUCUGCCAGCAGAGCAGCAGCAGCAACACCGCCGCAGUCCUACCUCCUGGCAGACUCGCUGCAGGCCAACAACUUCGACAGCAGCAAGCGUACGCUCGGCAGCGAGAGGGCGAAGGCGACCUGGCGCAAGAUUAAGGCGAAUACGGAGAUGUGGUGGAGUAUCAUCUCGAGCUCUUGUCGGUCGGACAAUCGGGGCACAAUCACCUGUGCCGACCCGCGCUCUGGCCGCGGAGGCCAGCAUCUGGCACAGUCUACCUGCCACGAUGUCCUCCCGCAGGAUGCGUCUGCAGGGGUGCCGAUGGUCGUCCUGGACGAGGAGCUGCCCGAGGGAGCUGCCGAUGCACUGAGGGCGGAAGCAUGGGCUGUUUACUUGCACGUCUCGGUCGGCGCGGUCGUACUCUUCGUGGAGACGCAGCUUGGAGGACGUCUGGAUGACGAUACGGACGAUGCGAUACAGCUACGCCUCUCAGUUCGAAGUUUGGUUCUCUCCUCAUGGCAAUCAUGGAAAGAGGUGGCUUCGAUGCGAUAUGGUCAGGUUUGGAAUUGA